AAGUGAGGUGCCAUUGUGGUCGUGUCGUCGGUGGUGUAAGACUGGAUAUCAGGAUUUUUAAUGUGCGACUGUAUUGAUUGUUGUAUUUAAUUAUUUAUUUCUAGCAGUGUAUGAAAUGUCGAUUGACAUAUCCAGUGUGAUUGGUUUUACAUAAGUAAGUUCAAAAGCUUGUUCUUAGCAUAUAAAUAGUUCUGCACCCAAAAUCUUUCAAGCACUCUUUUCAGCCAAUGCGGUUAGGAAAUAUAAUAUGUUCAGCCCCUGAGCGCUGGUAUCACACGCCAUGAGGAGGUCCCGGCUGGCGGCAGUGCUGCUGCACCUGCUGGCUGGCGCUGCUGCGCUGCCCACCCUGCAGCCUGAGCUGCUGCACACAGAGCAGCUGGAACUGCAGACCAAUGCAAUCAGUGACGGUGUGACGGUGAACGCGGAGCUCGCCGCUGGUGCGCCCGGUCGGACAUUGGCAGCGCUGGAGACCGUGGGCCCUCUGAGUGAGGACACAGGCCCCGCGAGUGAAGCCGAGGGCGUCGCGUACGGAGCGUUCCGCCCUGUGAGUGACAGCUCGAGCGAGACUGUGGACCCUCUGGAUGAGGCCGAUUACGCGGAUGAGGACUCAGAGGACUUGUAUGAGGUCGCGCGCUCGUCGAGUGAGGCGCCUGGCCGGCCCGCGGCGGUGACGGAGGCCCCUCCAGGCCCCGAGCUAACGUCAGCGGCGACCAGCGGUCAGCACUGUCCGAGCCAGUGCGUGUGCUUCGACCUGACGGUGGACUGCAGCAGCCGGGAUCUGCGCCAGCUGCCGGCCGCUCUGCCCAACUGGACCAACGUGCUAGACCUGCACGAUAACCUGUUGGAGAGCCUGCCACGCGCCGCGCUGGCCUCGAUGCCCCACCUGAAAGUCAUCAAUGUGAACAGGAACGCACGUCUGAAGUAUUUGGCUGCUGACACGUUCGCCGAUAAUCUACUGCUGGAUGAGAUUGACCUGUCCGGCUGUAGCGGGCUCGGCGCCGUGCCGCCGCUCGAGCUGCCGCCGACCGUCCGCGUGGUGGAUCUCUCCGACACGGGCAUCGAGCAGUUGGAGGCGCCGGCGCUGCUCGGCUACGGACAUGUGCACAACCUGGACCUGUCCGACAACCGCAUCACCGGCCUGCCUCGGCGAGCCUUCCCAGACGGCAGCCAGCUGCGCCGACUGAAACUGCACAACAACAGGAUCAGCUCGCCCAGAGAGCUGCGGCGGCUGCGCAACCUGCGACACCUGGAGGUGCUCAAACUCUCCAAGAACCGCAUCAGCCGACUGAAGAAGGACAUGUUUCGCGGCCUGGGACAGCUGCGGGAGCUGGAUCUGAACCGGAACCGACUGUCGGAGAUCGACAGUCUCGUGUUCUCCGGUCUGCACAGCCUGCAGGUGCUGAAGCUGAAGCGCAACGGCAUCCGGCGCCUGAUGGACGGCGCCUUCUACCACCUGCACAACAUGACGCAGCUAUACCUCGACCACAACCAGAUCCGCAACAUCACCAAGGGGUGGCUGUUCGGCCUGAAGCCGCUGGAGCGCUUCAGUCUCAGUCACAACGAGCUGCAGCGGACGGAUCUGGACUGCUGGCGCUACUGCGAGCACCUGGCGUUCCUGGACCUCAGCUACAACCAGCUGAGCGCCGUGGACACGCACACGUUUGCCAAGCUGCCGCGCCUUCAGCAGCUGGUGCUCGACCACAACCGGAUCGCGCUGAUCGACGAGAACGCCCUGCGCGGCUCGCCCAAACUGAGAGACCUCGAGCUGAACAACAACCUGAUCUCGUCGACAAUCGAGGAGGGCAGCGGCGCGUUCUCCGGGCUGCACCAGCUGACGCGCGUCGGUCUGCGACACAACCGGAUCAUGUCCGUGUCGGCCGACUCGUUCACCGGCGCGGACGCGCUGGAGGAGAUCGAUCUGGCCGGAAACCCUCUGACCACGGUGCGCGAGGCCUCGUUCAGCCGUCUAACUGCUCUCCGUGUACUGGUGAUCGACUCGCAGAGUCUGCUGUGUGACUGCACGCUCCGCUGGCUGCCGACCUGGGUGCGCGAGGCCGGUCACGCGCAGACAGUGACGGCGCGGUGCCACCAUCCGCAGCGACUGCAGGGUCAGCCGCUACUCGAGGUGGCGCCCGACAGCCUGGCCUGCCACGAGUCGCCCAAACCGGCCAUCCGGCUCCAGCCGCGUACUGGGAAGACUCUGAAGGGUGACAACCUGACGCUGAGCUGCGAGGCCGAGUCGUCCGCUAACGACACGAUGCAGUUCGACUGGCGGAAGGACAGCCAGCUGGUGGAGGCCGGCCGCGCCGUGUCGCUGGCCUGGGCACACACGGACGGUCGGCCGGGCCUGGUGAUGCGCUCCGAGCUGUCGCUGGUGAACCUGACCGACGCCGACGCCGGCGAGUACCAGUGCGUCGUCUCCAACGGCUACGGCGUCUCGUACUCGAGCAAGGCGCGCGUGGACGUGCACGUGUUCCCGGUGUUCCAGCAGCGGCCGGCCGACCUGCAGCUGCGCGCCGGCAACACGGCCCGGCUCGACUGCAAGGCGUUCGGCCAGCCGACGCCGUCCAUCUCCUGGGAGAAGGACGGCGGCUCCGACUUCCCGGCGGCCAGCCAGCGCCGCCUGCACAUGCUGGAGACGGAGGACGGCUUCUACAUCGUCAAGGUGCAGGCGGACGAUCAGGGCACCUACACCUGCACAGCGCGGAACGAGGCGGGUGAGAUCCGCGCCAACGCCACGCUCAGCGUGCUCGAGGCGCCGUCGUUUGUCCAGCCGAUGGAGGACCGUGAGGUACCGGCCGGGGACACUGCCGUGCUGACAUGCAUGGCGGCCGGCUCGCCGGCGCCGCGACUCACCUGGACAAAGGACGGCGCACCGCUGCAGCUCACCGAGCGACAUUUCUUCACGGCCGGUCAGCAGCUGCUCAUCAUCGUGCAGACGGUGCCCGAGGACGCCGGCCGCUACCAGUGCCAGAUGAACAACGUGCUCGGGGAGCAGAGCGGGCUGGCCAAACUCACCGUGCUGCCCAGUUCGUCACUCGGUCUGGACGACGACUCAACCUACGCCAUCAUCAUAAUCGCCGUCGUGUCAGGCGUGGUGGUCACCUCGCUGGUCUGGGUCAUCAUCAUCUACCAGGCGCGUAAGCGGUCACUGCGCCAGCAGCGCAACCGCUCGACGGCCGCCGACCGGCCGCUGUCGCCUCCUCCGCCGCACACGGUGACCGUGUACCACCCGACUGCGCGGAGCACGCUGCUGCCGCGGCGCGCCUCUAGCGACCAGCUGUACACCGGAGACGACGGCUCGGAGCACAGCAGCGGCAAGGACAGCGGCCAGGGCGGCCACGACGAGCCGGCCGGCGCCGACCCGGCCGGCAGCUCACUGCUGGUCGCCGUGGCCGCCGAGUCGGACGACGAGGGUGUGGGCGGCACGCCGCUGAUGGACCGGCGGCCGCGCGUGCUCACCACGUUCCAGGGCGCUGUGGGCGCCGGGCCGGCCGGUUCGCUGCGCGACGGCCCGGCCAGCCGCGAGAGUCUGCAGACGGUGGUGCCGCGCCACCUGCUGGCCGACCGGCGGCUCGCCAAACUGGCCGACGGAGCCGUGGUGGUGGCGCGCGCCCGCUCCCAGCCCACCGAGGUGUGAGCGCCGCGGCGCGACCACCCACACCCAUCACCCACCCACCCGCCCUCUCACAGCGCCCCGGGCGCGGCCGGCAGCCGAGUUCUCCUCUACCCUCCCCUCGCGGCGCUCUCCCUCACCCCUCUCACACUGUAUCGUAUUUAUUACCGACGUAUCAGACGACAUAUCUCCUCUCUCGUUCGCCGUCUUGUCUGUCACUGUCAGUCAGUCUAUUCGCCCGACGGCGGCGUCUUUUCCGUUGGGCCGUGUUUCUAUGCGCGCGGCGCUGCGGCGCUGGCGGGGCUGCGGCUGGCCCGCCCGCCCCCAGUCAAUGACCGACACUGAGUCGGUGCCGAGGGCGCCCACAGGUGACCCUCGUAAUGCAUGUGAUAUAUUAUUUAUGUACAAAUAGUUAUUAUGGAGUCGAUUGAGCGGCCGGCCGCGGUGGCUCGGCCGGCGAGGCAAGCGGAGCGAACGGCCCAGCGUAUUGUUGAUCGUCAUCAUUUUGUAACGUAGACUAGCGUGUGCGUGUGUGCGGAUCAGUGUCGUAACAUUAUUUGCGAGUGUGUGUGAAUGUGAAUGUUCUCUUGUGUGUCCAUGAGUCAUCAGAGAUCUGAGGUCAUAUCCCAUGAUCGGUGUCAUACAAAGCGCGGACCGCGCGCCUGCGCGGUUGUAAUACAGAAUUUGUGACUGUG